AGGAGCCUUUGGGGAGAGAGACACACAGGUGUCCAGACAGGUAAGUCAGAAACAAGCCACAGGCAACGGGAAAGCUGCAGUGAAUGAUCCUUCCUGAAGCCGUGCGGCCCGCCAUGUGCCCAGUGCUGUGUCCCCAAGUGCUGUCCGUUACAGAAAUCACUGUUUUCCUCAAUUUCUUUCCCAGUCCGGUCCUCAGGGACCCAGAGAUGGUCCACAUGGACUGUCAGGCAAGGAGCUGGGAGGCAGCAAAAACAUGGACUGUCAGGCAAGGAGCUGGGAGGGAGCAAAAACAUGGACUGUCAGGCAAGGAGCUGGGAGGCAGCAAAAACAUGGACUGUCAGGCAAGGAGCUGGGAGGCAGCAAAAACAUGGGCUGUCUGGCAAGGAGCUGGGAGGGAGCAAAAGCAUGGGCUGUCAGGCAAGGAGCUGGGAGGCAGCAAAAGCAUGGACUGUCUGGCAAGGAGCUGGGAGGCAGCAAAAACAUGGACUGUCUGGCAAGGAGCUGGGAGGCAGCAAAAACAUGGACUGUCAGGCAAGGAGCUGGGAGGCAGCAAAAACAUGGGCUGUCUGGCAAGGAGCUGGGAGGGAGCAAAAGCAUGGGCUGUCAGGCAAGGAGCUGGGAGGCAGCAAAAGCAUGGACUGUCUGGCAAGGAGCUGGGAGGCAGCAAAAACAUGGACUGUCUGGCAAGGAGCUGGGAGGCAGCAAAAGCAUGGACUGUCUGGCAAGGAGCUGGGAGGCAGCAAAAGCAUGGACUGUCUGGCAAGGAGCUGGGAGGCAGCAAAAGCAUGGACUGUCUGGCAAGGAGCUGGGAGGCAGCAAAAGCAUGGACUGUCUGGCAAGGAGCUGGGAGGCAGCAAAAGCAUGGACUGUCUGGCAAGGAGCUGGGAGGCAGCAAAAGCAUGGACUGUCUGGCAAGGAGCUGGGAGGGAGAAAAAACAUGGACUAACUGUGGGUCCCAGAGGAUCGGGUUGGGAAACACUGUUUGAGACUAGAACACGUGAAUAUCACUCCACAUAAUUUGGUGGGUAUCAGAUUUUCAGUUAUUCCCUAAAAUACCCUGUUCUUCUGAAGUUUGGUAAAACAUUAGUAGAACUUGUGAUGGUGCAGACUGUGAGCUGGUGAAUUUUAUACGUUUGCUAAAAAAGCAGAAUCCACCCAUCCAGAUUUUAAUGACUUAUCCUAGUCCCAGAGAGAUCGGGAGCAUUUCAGGCAGCAGGGGACACAAACAUUAUGAGCAGUAUAGUAUGAUUAUUACAGUAUGUCUAUGAAUAUGUCUAAUAUUUGAAACAUGUUAGGUUGUCUAUUAAACUUGUGUCCUUUUUUCCCCACAGUCUGGGGCGACACAAACAUGCAUUUCACUGCACAUUGUGCUCAGUAUAAUCAUAUAUGUGGCAAACUUUGCAGCAUAAAUUAGAUAAACUGCACAUCUGUACGACCCAGGAAGUGCAUGUAAAGAUCUUAGAUAGGAUUCUGAGUAGAUGUGCUUAGCUUAACCCCAAGCCAAAACCCUGUUGGGAAGGUAACUUUGGGAAUUUAGCAGGUUACAGAUUACUAGUUACCCUAUUAAAAAUGUAAUGCGUUAAGCGAUUACUUUGAUCAUCUGUUCAAGGAAAUGUAACUUAUUACAUUUGACUACUUUUCUAACAAGUGUUUUAAACUGGGCAGUACAGCUGAGAAGUUCCAACAGCUUUGUGGAUCUGUGAU